GUGAAUUAUUACAAACAAUACGCGUGCCUGAUGUUGCACGUGUCAUACGAUUUAUAUGAGGGUAGACAGCAGGACUUUUCGAUCUGUCCGAGCGUCGAGCUCUUUCGUGCACGCGAUUAUUUCUGCGAGAGAUACACGCCAAUUCUUCCGCGUCUCUCCGCAUUUCUUGCUCGCGAUUCUCGCGACUCGCGACUCUCGAUUUCGCGCGCUCGCGUUCGUAUCUGCCCCCGCGUCGCAUCCAGCCCCGUCGUCGUCACGUCACAUAUACGCCGUAGGAGAAACCGAGCUGAAAAUCGAAGCCGGUGGGAUCUCGGUGAAAUUGAAUCUCGUCGCGAAACUUGACUCUGGUGCACCCGGCGAUCAAUCGCCUUGGCCUCUGUACCUCCAACGAUCCUUGGCUGGAAGGUUUCGAUUUGUGCAGAAUGUCUUUCAAGUCGAGGCAGAUAAUUGUUUCGGAAAACGAUUCGCGAAAUAAUUUCGAGGUGUGAGAUACGUCUGGGAGAACUUUACAAGGACGUAUUUCGUUUGAGUUUGGAAUCGUCGAGUUUUGAACAUUUAUCGCGAAGAUGGAUGAUCUGCUGAAGCAGUUGGAGACGUUGAAGAUCAGGGGCGAUUUCUGCGAAGAUAAUUCGUGGACACUAUGUAUAGAUCUGAUUCAGAGGAGCUUUGCACCACAGAAAACAAUCGGGACGGAACGUCCAUGCGAGGAGAAGGAUUUCAGGGAAUACAGGCUCGUCGUGGAGAGAAAUCUGCGCAAUAUCAAGUCUAUGCUACAGCAUAUCUCCAACAGUUGCAGAGAGAAGCAUUUGCAGCUAUGCAAUGCUACAGGGACAAUUAAAACAUUUGGCAUGAAUUUGUUAUUACUUAUCGGUGAGCACAAUGAGAAAAAUAUUUGGAAUACAGCAGAGUGCGUCUCUAUUUCCAAAGAAUUACUCGCUGGCUUCUAUGAUCUAUAUUCCUGUCAAAAUGUCUCCAAAUUUCUAUCAGAGGAUAAGAAUUUAAUUAGCUUGUUGUUGUUGUUAAGACCCAAACUAUUAAAGGAUACCUGGAAAACCUAUCCAUCAGCUGUGGCAUGUUACAGGUGGAUUUUACAAGAAGCCGAAAAACCAAUUUUAUUUAACCACAUUGGAGAUGUCUUGCCAACUGCACUAAUUAUUCUCGAUGACUAUUUUCCUGAUAAUGUAGUAAUAGGCCUGGAAUGUUUGUACCAGAUUAUACAGCAUUCUUAUAUGAGAAAAGGACUGAUAGAUACUGGCUAUGCUAAAGCAAUCUAUCACACUCUGGAACUUUUAUCUCGUCAGAAGGAAGUAAGAUAUAUUAUUCCUUUGUAUUCUUGCAUGGCUAGUCUUUUAGCUACUAUCGAGCAUUGGGAUAAUACUAUAAAUCUAUUUGAGUGGACGACACGAGAUGACGUUCUUUCCACUUUAAUAGACAAUAUGGAAUUUGAACAGAAUAUCGAAUUACGACAUGCAUAUAUGUCGAGUUUACCUCAACUCAUAACAAAUAUAGGCUGUGCCAAAUGGUGCGAAGCGCUCACUCGCGUACUCGCUGAAUACUGUGAACAUCACACAGAUUUAAGAACACUAAAGGCAACGUUGGAGACCGCAAAGACGUUCCUCUUGAUGUUCCGCUUGCGAGUGGCAGCCCACUGUGCUCCACUUUAUACCGCGUUCUUGAAGUUGCAUUUUGAUUUGACGGAGACGCCGGUGUUCGAUCGUGCGAUCAUGCAAAAUCUGGAAGAUUGCAUCUGCAUGUUGUACCAAUUAUCGCCGAACGUAGGCUGUGCGGUAAUGAACGAUGAUCGGAUGCGUUCGGUACUCAGUAGUAGCUUGCCAAUGAUAUGCCAGGGUGGUGAUAUCAAGUAUUUCGAAUAAUUUACGUGACGCGCAUGCACUCGCGUAUUUGUAUAUACAGUGUAUUCUACAUUAUGUGAAUGCUGCUCCGAUAAAAAUAUUUUACUUUCUCGUGUAAAACUUACAUAAUAUAUAGAUAAAAUGCAAUAGGUACUUAGAUAUUUUA